AUGAUGAGUGCCAGCAACGGCCCCAUCUUGGCCAUUGUUGAGGCCAUUGUGGAGGCUUCCGCGAGGGAAAGAAUGGGAGAUGUUCCGGAACUUUUCAAACAACGGCGCAAAUACAACAGUUUGUCCGAAACGCCAGCAGAGCGGCUUAAACAUCUGUUUACGAAUAAAGCAUUAACCCUAACCUCCCUUUUUCAAAUCCGAAUGGUACCCGGUGACGCCUCACUCCAUUUCUCCUCGAUUGAUGCGAAAGAUCGUCAUCUGAAAGGAAAGACGACGAUGAUGAAGAACGACGAUUCCGAAGCGACACUGCAAGCUAGGAACACGAGCAGUGUGGAUCUAGAAGAAGAUAAUGACGAUGACUACUUGAUGGAAGAUAGCAAGUCCAUUGGAAGCAAUGCGAGUGCUUGGAGAAAAUGUGCGCCCAUUCCGCCCAUUCGGUGUACCAGCAUCUACCGACAAUCAGAACCAUCGGAUCUCAUUCCGCCGCCACACAACAAUAAAGAGACAUCUCCCAAGGCACGUGUCGCCACAAAGAAACGACGGCACUCGGCGAAAUCACCGUCACCAGCAUCUCGACGAUCUUCUCGUCAAACAGAACAACAACAGAGGCAUUCUCAUGGUCAUCAUCAUCGCAGCAGCAGCAGCAAACGGCAUGGUCAUCACAGCAGCCAUCACCAGAAGCAGAGACAGUCUUCCGAUAAACAACAGCAACAACAAGAAAUUGUGUUUAUCCCAGCAUCCAUAUCCUCUUCACAACAACAACGACAGCGACAAGCAGACCUAGAAGCGCAAUCCAGACGCAACAUGGAUUCUUCCUCCCGAAAACGGAACAUGGAGUCGUCGUCACAGCGGCAAUCCUCUAGACGAAGCUUAUCGUCGUCACGUCAACCUUCCUCUUCGUCCAGACGGAACAACAAUACAUCAACAACGACGCAAGCACCCAAACACGACAACGAAAAUGGCAUGAAUAAUAAUACUGCAGACAUGGAUACAUCGGCCAAUCUGCGACAAAUCCAAGCGGCACAAGCUGCCGAACGAGAUCGUCGAUUCCGUAUUACAAUCUUGGGAAAUAUCGUGUUGGGAAUUGUAGGAUUGGUCUUUCUCCUCUACUUUAUUUUUCGUGACAACAACAACAACAACAACAGCAGCCAUGUUACCGAUCCACCGUCCGUUUCGCCCAUCAUAACGCUGGCUCCUACAACACUACAACAAGAAGAGAAUCCUUGGAAUCUACCACUCUCCACUUGGGAACGCGUUGUACAGGAUCCCAAAUCACCGCAGGCACAAGCCUACGAAUGGAUAUUGGAGGAUGUACAGUAUUAUGGAAAACUAUACCUGCAUGACAACCCGUGGCGCGUUCAUCAACGAUUUGCCUUGGCCACUCUGUAUUAUGCGACCAACACUCAUGGCAAUUGGAAGCUGUCGGCAUGGUUGGAUCACGAGGAACACGAAUGCCAUUGGCCCUCCACGACGGGACUUCAUCCCUGUCCAGAAAAUAGUAGUGACGACGACAUUCCACCCGAACACUAUACCCGAUUGCAUUUGCCAAACAAUGGAUGCCAAGGGUCGCUUCCACCCGAAGUGUUUACCAUGCUGCCCUUUCUGCAGACGAUCAAUCUCCGUCAAAACAAGGGGCUGCAGGGGACCAUUGCCACGGAAAUUGGAAUGCUGCACGCGACCCUGUUUUUGGAUAUCUCCGAGACGCGUCUCUCUGGAAGUCUGCCCACCGAACUGUUUCUAUUGACGACCCUGAGACGAGUGGAUUUCAGUAACAAUCAUCUUUCCGGAAGUUUGCCAACGGAAAUUGGUUUGCUGGCAGAGUCUCUGGUGACCUUGGAGAUUUCGAACAAUCAGUUUCACGGUUCACUGCCGCGAGAGAUUGGGCAGUUGACGCGACUGGAAAAGCUCCAUGUCCAUCACAACCGACUCUGGCUUUCGAUUCCUACGUCGAUUGGCAAUCUACAGUCCUUGAUCGACUUGCGAUUUUCUCACAAUUCGUUCAUGGGCGCCAUACCCAGCGAGAUUGCCAACAUGACGGCAUUGCAAAACUUGGUACUCGAACAAAACAACUUGACCUUUGCCAUCCCAACACAACUGGGGCAACUCUCGGACACUCUGGAAACCUUUGUUGCAGGUGACAACCAACUAUCCGGUCAAAUCCCGUCAGAGCUCGGUCUCUUGACCCGCCUCCACACUCUAUCUGUGCAACGCAAUCGACUAGUGGGAAGCAUCCAGUCGGAAAUUGGCCACAUGUCGGCCCUGACGCAAUGUUGGUUUCAUUCCAAUCCCCUACAAGGAUCCCUUCCCGUGGCCAUGGGGAUGCUAUCAUCCUUGACGUCUCUGAAUAUAAAUGACACCCUUGUGAGUGGAGUGAUCCCGGAAGAGCUUUGUUCUCUAGAUGAAAUUGUCUUUGAUUGUUCCAGCACUCUUUGUGGCUGCAGCGAUUGUGCUUGUGACAUGAUGAUGGCCAGCAGUGCCGGUGGUGGCAACAAUUCCAAUACUCGAAGCCCUGCUCCAGUAGUGGAAGAGGAAGGUAGUAUCAUUGGAGCUGAUGCUGCCUCAAACAAUCACACGACAAAUAUCACGAACCUGGAAGAGCCAAUAAACGAAGGCAGCCACGGCAUUCUCUCGAUUGGAUGGAUUGAGUCUACGUUUGUGCCAGCCGGCGACGGGCUAUAA